AUGGCGAUUACGGCAGAGGAUCGGUCGGAGAUAGCUUUCUUCGACGUGGAGACGACGGUGCCGACCCGAACGGGUCAGGGUUUCGCGAUUUUGGAGUUCGGGGCCAUUCUUGUUUGCCCCAGAAAGCUCGUGGAGCUCCGGAGCUACUCAACCUUGGUCCGGCCUGCGGACCUCGCCCACAUCACCUCUCUCUCCGUCCGGUGCAAUGGGAUUACCAGGGACGCCGUCGUUUCUUCGCCCACGUUCGCCGAGAUUUCUGAUUUGGUCUACGACCUUCUCCAUGGAAGAAUAUGGGCCGGUCAUAAUAUAUUGAGAUUUGACUGUUACCGUAUAAGAGAAGCGUUUGCUGAGAUUAACAAGCCUGCUCCAGAGCCUAAAGGAACUAUCGACUCUCUAGCACUCUUAACACAAAAGUUUGGAAGAAGGGCUGGUGAUAUGAAGAUGGCAUCUCUUGCAACAUAUUUUGGGCUUGGCCAGCAGACACAUAGGAGUUUGGAUGAUGUUCGCAUGAAUCUUGAAGUUCUCAAGUACUGUGCAACUGUCCUAUUUUUGGAAUCUAGCCUUCCGGAUAUUUUCACGGAGAACAGUUGGGUUUCUCCAAAUGCAACCACAAGAAGCCGAAGCAAUGGAAAACCUUCUCGAGAGCCAAACAUGAUGACAUCAUCAUCAUCAUCUUCGUCAAGUGUCGAUGCCCAAAAUUGUUCUACAGAGGCAAAUCAUCUUAUACCACCAUCAAUCACAACACCUAAAACCAACAAAGUAAAUUCGCCACAGAUCGAUUCAAAUCCUCCGAGCGUGGGUCCGUUCAAUCUGACGGAUCUUCUCGUUCAAAUGAACGAGGAGCUUCUUCCAGAGAGAAACGACUUGGCGGCAUCUCGCGAAUCCUCAAAUGCGGUAAAUUGUGAGCAUCAAAAUGACUUCUUGGAACCUGAUGAUGUAUCGAUAUCUCUUAUAUCUGUAGCUCUUGUCCCAUUUUACCGUGGAACUCAAAAGAUACAGAUAUUGCACCAAAAUGGCCCAUUGCUACUAGGUUGUGCGUGCCUGAAGGUCCGGUUUGGGAUCAAUACUAAGUUUGUCGAUAGUUCUGGUCGGCCUCGAUUGAAUUUUGUGGUCGAUGCUUCCCCGAGCUUGUGCAAGGUUCUUGAUGCAGCCGAUGCUCUUGCCCAGAAGAUGUCGAUCGAUUCCGGUAGCUCGUCUGAGUGGCGGCCGGUGAUUACAAGGAAGAAGGGCUUCUUCUACAACUCCCCCACAGUUCGGUUGCACUUACCGACUGCAGCCGAUGGUGAAAUCACCCGAUGCAUGACUGAAAUUUACCAAACGGAUAAUUCGGCUAUACAUAAGCUUGUGUUUAGUAGAUUUGACGUGACUGAGCUCGAGUCUUUAUUCAUUCCUGGAAAAACCGUGGACACGUGUUUUUCACUUGACGUAUAUGAUUAUCAGCAGAACUCGGGCAUCCGCUUGAUUGCAAAGAAACUUACGAUACAUUCGAGCUGA